UCAACGUCCUGUGUGUGUGUGUUUCACUGCGUGUGUUUGUUACACAGUAUGAAAACGGACGCUACACAUUUCAGGGCAAAAGCCUCAAGAAUCAUGUCAAUCAAGAAACAAACAAAAACUAUCUGCAUCAUCAUCGUAAUUUUUGUGUUUAUCUUCUGGUAUUACUACUACAUUACAGGACGUAACACGGACGUAAAACCAGAGUUGCCGACUGCAUGUGACAUACGAGUGGAAAAUAAUCCCAUAAUUAAAGUCGACAAUCUCAAAACAUACCUCGUCGGCUCCUACAUAGAGCACCGCCUAAAAGUGAAAACUUUAAAGACAAUUGCUAUAGUGCUUCGUAGUGAAAAGGCAGAGUAUCAGUGUUUCCUCUGCUGCAACGGCACCAACAUCUCUGUACCUGCCACGUACAGCAUUCACUCUGACCACUUUGAUUAUGAUUAUGGAACGGCUGAUAUCACCUGUCAGGUGCCUGAAACGUGCACAACACCAAUGCACGUAGCUAUCACUUCUCCAUCACCUCCAGGUGAAGCCUCACAGAAUGUCCACGUCCUUCAACCGGUCAGAAAUCAACAGACUCGUGAUGUCUUUCCUUAUGAGUUCACAGCUUGUAUUUCUACCAUGUUUUAUUACACCAACGUUUUGGGACUGGUGCAGGCCAUGGAAAUGUUCAAGAUACUCGGCGUCCAGUGGGUGGCCAUUUACAAGACAAGCUGUGAUCCUGCUGUGCAGAAAGUGUUAGACUAUUAUGUCAAGCAGAACUUUGUGGAGAUCAUCCCCUGGACCAUAUCAUCUUACAUCAAAGUGUCCAGAGGCUGGAACAUUUCGGAGUCACCAGGCGAGCUGCAUUACUUUGGGCAAAUUGCGGCACUGAAUGACUGUGUUUAUCGCUACAUGUACCAGAGUCGCUAUGUAGCCCUGCAGGACUUGGAUGAAUUUAUUCUUCCUUUAAAGCUAAAGAACUGGACAGAACUCUUUCCUGAACUGGAAAGGAAAUACGGUCAAAACAAGGGAUUCCAGUUUGAGAAUAAUUAUUUCCCACUUUCCAUAAAUGACACAAACCCAGAUUAUUCAUUAGAUUUAUGGAAGAAGGUCGUGGGGAUAAACAUUUUAGAUCACAUCUACAGAUUAAGCAAUCAAGAUCUCAAGUAUGAACAAUAUAAAGUCAUUACAAAUCCUCGCUUAGUGUUUUCACCAUCAGUGCAUGGUAUCCAGAAGUCAGUGAACGGUCUUGCAUGGGUAGACCGUAACAUUGCCAGAAUGUAUCACUUUCGAAAUCGUUCAAGUAAAUAAUUAUCAACACAUUCUCACAUAAAAGAUGAACAUAUAAGGGACUAUGCAGACAGGCUGAUCCCUGCUGUUUCUCAACUGCUUCAGCAAGCACUGGGCAUUAACUAAAAUCUUAACAAGCAAACAGUGUCUUCAACAUGCAUUUUAAGUAAUGCUUCUCAGCCUGUCUUAUUUUUAAAUCAUACAUCUAGUUUGCUCCAUUGGGAAACAGGGUGCCAGUUCAAAGCCCGGCUUCAGCAUUUAACGACAUAGCCAAGUAUGUUUGUAAAGACGCCCAGCAGGCCAAUAGCACUGCAGAGAUUUGAACCCAUAACAGACCACUGUGCCGCCUGAGAAAAAAAAAUCUAUUAAUUAUUUGUACAAAGGAAAACAACCAUGUCCAGCCUGAGUGAUAUUGCCCCUAUUCCAAAGAAAUGAUUAAACAUCCAGUUAUGCUUAAAACAGCCUUUACUCCUCUGAGAAGACUUUCCACAAAAUUUUACUGUGUCUUUGGACUGUGGGAGGAAACCAAAGCACCCGGAGGAAAUCCACACAAACAUGGGGAGGACAUACAAUUUCACACAGAAAAGAACCAGACCACUAGACCAGAAAAUCAAACCCAGGACCUUUUUACUGUUUGACAGUGCCGCCCAUGCCAAUGAUUUUUGGGAACAAUUUUGUAAAGACAUGUUCAAAACCGGGAUUAGGUAUUUUUAUACUAGUACAAUUCAAGAGACUUAUUUAAUUAAUUUCAAGACACGCUAACGUUUUUUGUUUGCCAUAUGAUAACACAAAAGCACUUUUUACAAACAUUUUCUUUUAAUUUGUCACUGGCUAUGUAAGCUUUUCUUUCUAUUUAAAAAAAAACCCCCAGAACUCAUCACUGCCUCUGCAGUUUGGUCUUUCCUGUCGUUCCUGGGGGGUAUUCCAGAAAGCGGGUUAAGUGAUUAAACCCGGUAAGUUAACUCAGAAUUAAGGAAAACUCGGGGUUUUCCGUUCCGGAAACCGAGAUUAAAGAGAGCCCGUGUCAGUUACUAUAGCAACUUACGCUCUGAAGCUAACCUGCUCGCUGGCAGGUUAACUUAAACCUAACCCGCGGUUACUCACACUUCUCUCAUGUAAACCUGGCGUGUUCUUUACUCCAGGAUCCAGUGGAUCCCGACACGCUAAUUAUUCGAAGAGAUCUUAAUCAGUAACGAGUCAUUAAACUCAGAUUAGUCAUUUCCGGAUGGAUUUAUUCGCAAACCUUUCCGUUUUUAUCAGUCAGUCAAUUCGGGGAGAGUGGAGACGGUUGCCACAAGGGGCAGCUGCAACAUUAUUAAUCACAAUAAUCACAAUAUUAAUAAAAAGGCUUGUUACAGCAUUAAUUAUAACAUUAUGGAUGGAAUGUUAUGGAUUAAUAUACGUAGAAUACCUUUAACACACACAGUUUAGUAAGCUAAAAUAAUUUGUGGUUUAAAUUGAUUGUAGUAAUUAACCUCAAACAUGGUUGUCACUUACAUUAUAUAUAUAAUUACUUAUAUACUGUAUAUAAUUUUACUGCUAGCUAUAAUGAUUGAAAACCCUAUCUGUACAAAAAAAGUCUUUGCAAAAUUAUGUUAAAGAAUGAUUUUACUACAUAUCAAUGAAUGUUGCAACUGCCCUGUUAUGGGUCUAUUCAAGUAUUAUUUUUUACACAUAUUAUCAUAUGCAAGAUAUGUUACAGCCGUGUGUGGGUGGGUAGCUGACAUAUGUGGAUUUUAUUUUAUUACAAUGUUGUCUUUUAUUAUUUGAACAGCAGACAGAAUAUCCCUCCACAUACAUGCAGCGACCAUUAUCUUUAAAAAUGAACAAAUGUCAAAUAAAACAGUGUAACAUUUAAUACAUGUUCUGCAACCUAUUGUUUUCCAUCUUAUGGAGAUGCUUUCAGUAAGAUCUUAUGUGAUGCUACCCACAUUACAAAUAUUGAAGCCAAAUGGUCAGGCUCUGUGCAUGAUCACUGAAAAUAAAACAAUGCAACAAGUUAA